UCAUACAAGAAACCUCUUAGCCGAUAUUCGGCAGGGAGAUGCUCAAGGCUUCGGACGCCAUCGUUUUGGACGAGAAUUUUGGGCCGCAGACGAAGGAAAAAGAAGAAAACAUGCCAGCUUUACGAAAGACAAACAUCAUAUCCAGUUCCCGGUAUAUUAUACGGCUGGGUCCAGGGCCUCUGUGGUGCUCCGAUGUGCCCCACGCCGGUCAUGAAUCCCAAGUGUCAUUCGUGACAGAGGGCAACGGCGUGGGGGUCUUUAAAGCGCCCCCUGUCAAUGCUGAAGGCUUCCUGGCCAACAGCUCGCUGGUUUCUCCAUCAUCACGUGCUGAACUGAAUGCCAACAUCAGCUCUAGUGCAUCUGUGGACCCCUUCGGUAACCUUUCGGGAAAAUUCUCUGGACCUGCUCAGACUUCUGAAGUUGGGUGUGUGCAACUUUCAGAGCAGGGAGACAGUGCUGUCAACCUAUGCUUUAAAGUCUCUCCAGUCCCUGGUAAGGAAGUGGUAUGGGAGACUAUCCUGGUUGACAACUCCCGUCUCUAUGUUGAAGUUCCCCAUGGCAUCUUACCUGAAGGCUCCCGUGAAAGUCUGAUAACGCUGCUGGAGUAUGCUGAAGAGCAGCUGAAAUGCACACACGUCAUCUUGUGCUUUAAGAAGAACAGGCCUGACAGAUCCUCGCUGCUGCGAGUGUUCAACUUUUUUGGGUUCACUAUUUUGCCACCUGGACAUCAGUUGGUGCCAAAAACAGAGGACCUCAUCUUCAUGGCCUAUGUCAUUGAUAAUGAUGGCACCGACAGCAGCGAUGAUGACAGCAAAAGCGACUGUGGUAGCGAGUAAUUGGCCAGCAAGCCUCAGCGUUGAUAAACCUUUUUUUUUUUAAUCCCCAGCUUUUUUUAAACUAAGCAGUUUUCAGGAAUAUAAACUGAUAAAAUUAGUUGAUACAGCAUUUGUGUUUACCCUUUUUUAAAAGUUUAUGUUGUUUGACUUCAUUUUUAAUUUCUAAAGAUCAAAAUCAUUUUAAUUUUGUUAGGAUUGGGAACAAUUCAUGAUUUAGCUUGGUUUGCAACAGAACCAUUUUUAGCAUAGUGUGUGUUUUCAUCAGUCUAGUCUUUUCAGGCUGAGUUUACAUUGAGCCAAUGCUUUUGUUUCUUUUCAUGCUACCACAAUCUACAAAUGUGUUUUUCACCUAAAGUUUUAUUCAUGUCAACAUGCUUUGGUAAGAAACACAUGUUCCAACUUAUUAAAUGCAAAGCGUUCAGGACAAAAAUACUCUUAAUUUCAACAAAAUAUUUAUAGAAAAAAUGACUUUCAUGCAAAAUAUACCAAUUUCGAACAAGAUACCUUGGUUUUGUCGCUGUCCUGAAUCAACCGGCACAUCCUUCUGCCAAAGCAACAAUGAAGUAUAUUAGCCUGUGACACAAGUUUUUUAAAGUGUACAAUUGUAAAUUGACAAAUUGUGGUUGGUUGGCAAGAUUUUUUCUAGCCUGUUCCCUUUGGGAAGAAAAAUUAUUGGGUUGGAGGGGAGGGUGUAUUCACUCGUUAGUAUUGGUAGUGCAUGCAUAUAUCUGCAAGCAUUUUUAAUUGUUCUUUUAAGUUUUUAUAUGUAAUGCCCCCUGCCCUGCUUCUGUCACGAAUAACAAAACACUUGUCAUAUUGGGAUUCCCAUUUUCAUCAUACAUUUGAAAAUAUUGCAGAAAAAAUGUCGUGGUGUGAGUAACAUUCACUGUACUCAAGUCACUUUUCCUCUUUAUUUUAAAUGCCAAAGUGUCCUCUUCACCGUGCCACUUGAGUUUAAUAAGUUCAGAUUUUGGCUUACCACCAGAAAUCUGAAUGUGUGUGAGAGCAGCAUGUGUUUUCACACAAUAAAUAGACAAAUCUUUAGACAAGAAACAACUAAAACCGUCCAAUUGUUUACUUGUGAAAGUUUUAUAUGGAAAUGCGAAGGUUUAAAAAAAAAACUACUCUUGGAUUCAGUUGCUAAUUUUUAUUUGCUGUUAGCAGAUAUGAACAGUUAAUGACUUGAGUGCAGUGUUUGAGAUGAUGGAUGUGUGUACACACCGAAAGGAGUUCUUUGAGAUGAAUACGAUGUUUGUUUUUGCAAGGCUGCCCAUUUCAGUUUUCAACUUUUAAAUCUUAUGUAGUUGGAAUUAAAGUUUAAAAUACUGUA